UUUAGCUCAGUGCAGCUCUGUCUGCCUUGUCAUUCUCUUCAGACAGCCGGGGGGAAGUGAGAUAAAGGAGCACUGACACUCCAGACACUCACAGAGGAGAGGAGAGACAGAGACAGCUUUCAACACGCAGGGAACUCUGGAAGACUUCUGAAACCAACACUGAGACCGAUGGUCACUGACUGACUGAUCCUCCCGUUGGCUCGGUUAUUUUAUUUUUAUCCAGUGAGGCAAGAAGAUUCUUCCACAGCCAAGGAGUGAUGUCAACACUGGACCAGAAUGUCAGGAUAGUGUGGGACUAAAGGGUUCAUGGUUGAUGGAAGAGGAGUACGCUGAAUUGCCUGAUUGCAGAACUGAGCACUCACAGAAGACUGACUCUUCUUCACCUGUGUGACGUGUAGGUUUUUUGUCAUCUCAGACAAGCCAUCUCAGUGUGGAUCAGGACCAUGAACGUUCUACCUAACCCCAUGACCAGGGCCCAUCAGGAGCAGCCUCUCCCUCUCUGCUCCCAGGGGGCCCACCUCCAGGACGUCACUUCCAGGUGUCCUCCAGGGCUUGGUGCUGGUCAUGGGGGCAGGCUGAGGGCCAUUGGGGGCCUCCUGGGGCCCCAGAGACCAGGCAAGCCCCCGCGGGAGCUGAACCAUGAGGAGCAGCAGGAUCUGAGGAGGAAGAUCAACAGCCGGGAGAGGAAGAGGAUGCAGGACCUGAACGUUGCCAUGGACGCUCUGAGGGAGGUGAUGGUGCCUUACGCCUCCUCCUCUCCUUCCUCCUCGUCCUCCUCCCAGGGGCCACACUCGCACCAGCAGCAGCCAGGGGUCCCACCCGGACGCAGGCUCUCCAAGAUCUCCACCUUGGUCCUGGCCCGUAACUACAUCCUCCUGUUGGGCUCGUCUCUGCAAGAGAUGCGCCGGCUCCUGGGGGAGGUGAGUGUUGGGGUGGGGGUCGGUAUGGGGGUGAACGCAGGACCCGUCCCCAGGCUGCUCCUAGCCGGCGGGUGGCCCCUCCUCACCGGCCCCAGUCAGCUCCUCCUCUCCCCAGAGUCUCUCCUGACAUCGGCCUCAUCCUCCAAGUGUCCCUUGCUGCCCCCUGGUCACUUGGAGGGCCCCAGUGCCCCGGUGCACUGGGGCUCGGCUGGAGAUCCUGGUGGUCCCCUCUGCCCCUGUGGGAUGUGCAGGCUGCCCAGGUUCAGCCACCCCAGCCCUGGACCCAGGUUCCCCAAGUGAAGCCUGGCUAGGACCCCCCUCUGAUGUGUUCUGGUUGGGGAAGAGGUUGCCUUCUGAUCUGCUACAAUGACUGAUUACUUCUGAGUGGAUGGACUUCUGGUUAUGGUUAUAAACAUUUUCUGAAGAGUUUACAUGUUAUUUUUGUAUGAGUUUUUUCUUUCUCAUGUCUGACUAAUCCAAUGAUAACUUUGUUGUAAUGGACCUUGUCGAUUAGGUUUUUAUUAAUCUCUAGUGGACAGAUUUUCGUGGACAGAUGAAUCUGUCAAGUCUCACGUGUAAUUAUGUGAAAUGAGCAGCAGUAGUUCCUGGUUUGGGGUUUUUGACGUUGAUAAUUUUGGAAAAUCAGGAUUGGCGAAUGUGGCGCUUAAACGGGUGCAGUGAUUUUCAAAGCUCGUGUGCGGAUGAUAAAUGGUUUCCAAGUCAAAAUUGGAUGUAUCGUAAAAAAUGUAUGAAAAAUUUGCUUUUUGGCCACGACAAAACACGGGUGAAAUUCGCAGAAGGGAGGGGUUUGGCCAAGAGUUUCCAUUUGAGAGGGAGGAGACAUCACUUCCAUCCCUUGCACAAAGGUAAUCACAAUUGUUAACAGCAUUUCCCCAGAAGUAAAACAGGAAAUGUCAAACUUUCACGAGAUAAUUUUACUUCUGGGUAACCCGAAAUUAGGUUUUUUAUUGGUGACUGUGGUCAGUGAAAGUCAAUGUCUUUUACAUUUUAUGAACAAAUUCUAAUUUAUAUGAUAAUAGAUCUGCAUAAGUUCUAACACAGCAAAUAAAUUGUAAUUUACUAUUUUAACAAAGAUA